CAUUUGCCAGGACAGCGUUACAUGCAGGCGAGUGUAUGUGCGUGUGAGGUUGGGGGGAAAAAAGUGAGUGAGGGUAUGCCAGUGUAGGUGUAACAGUGUCGUCGAUCAGCAGCGGGCUCUUUGUAUUAUGCAGCCGACGGUACUGAUCACAUUUUGAGGACUGACUCAUCCAGACCAGGCUGUGAAAACGAAUGGAUGAACAGACAGGGAGACAUUUUAUAGCUUAAAAAAAAAGCUUCAGGUCCUCCUAGACUGCUCAAAGGUCUAGUCUGUUUCAGGGAAUGCUGGUAGCCCCCCUCCACCUUGUUUGCUUUCAAUUUGGAAUUUCAUACAGCCAGAAACCACAAAAUUGACAAAAACUCCUGAAAGGAACAUCAGUCCUCAAUCACUGUCUGACUCAGACACAUAUUUGCAUCAGGGACUUGGACGAGGGGAUCUUCUGUCUUUUGCCUGGUCUUUUCCUGGUGGUGAGGACGGUUGCAGGAUCCUAUCCCAGUGCCAGGAGUAAGAGAUAAGAAGGCUGGCAGACAAGACGGGACACACACAGGCAUGGCUCGCCUCAACUGGUGCCUGGCUGCUGUCAUUAGCUGGGGCAAGUUCCUCUUCGCCUGUUUCUUUCCUCUGCGAGGAGCCAAACGUAACAAGCCUGACGAGCUGGAGGGGGUCCACACACACACCUUCAAGCUGAAGCCGUUUAAGAAGGCGAAAAGUUGUGACAUAUGCAAGCAGGCCAUCACCAAGGAAGGUCUCAUCUGCAAAGCAUGUCGGCUGUCCUGCCAUAAGAAAUGUGAAGUAAAGGUCACUACAUCAUGUCAGACAGCAUCCAAUUCUGAGCCGCCUCCCACUCCGCAGCUGCCGUUAAAGCAUGUAGAUACACCGGGAUCUACGAGGUCGUGCAAAAGCGUGGAGAUUCGGAGAAAGCAGUCAGGGAGCCAGAGUGUGGUUCAGACCAUGGAGGAGAGCUAUGAGGUUGACUUGGUCUACAUCACCGAGAGGAUCAUCUCCCUCUCUUUCCCCAAUGCAACUGAAGAGCGCAGCUACAUCAGCAACCUCAAAGAGGUGGCGGAAAUGCUGCGGUCAAAGCAUGGUGAACAUUACCUGGUGCUCAACCUGAGUGAGCAGAGGAAUGAUUUAACCAAGUUAAACCACAAGGUUCUGGAGUUUGGCUGGCCGGAUCACCACGCACCAGCUUUGGACAAGAUCUGCAGCAUGUGUAAAGCCAUUGACACGUGGCUCAGUGGAGAUCAGCGCAAUGUGGUGCUCCUGCACAACAAGGGAAAUCGAGGUCGAACAGGCGUAGUGGUGGCCGCAUACAUGCACUACAGCAACAUAUCUGGCAGGUAUGUUCAAUAUUUCAACGGGCUCCUGUCUGGGCACAUAAAAAUCAACAAUAAGCCCCUCUUCCUGCAUCAUGUCAUCAUGCACGGCAUACCCAACUUUGAGUCCAAAGGAGGAUGCAGGCCUUUCCUGAAGAUCUACCAGGCCAUGCAGCCUGUCUAUACAUCCGGAAUAUACAAUGUUCAAGGAGACAGCAACACCAGUAUCUGUAUCACCAUUGAACCCGGCCUGCUUCUGAAAGGAGACAUUCUGCUGAAGUGUUACCACAAGAGGUACAGGAACCCGACCCGGGACGUGAUGUUCAGGGUGCAGUUCCACACUUGUGCUAUCCAUGACCUCGGGGUGGUUUUUGGGAAGACUGAGCUCGAUGAGACCUUUAAAGAUGAAAGGUUCCCAGAGUACGGAAAGGUGGAGUUUGUCUUCUCAUAUGGACCAGAAAAAAUCAGAGGUCUGGACCACCUAGAGAACGGGCCCAGCGUUUGUGUGGACUACAACACCCAGGACCCCCUGAUCCGCUGGGACUCGUACGAGAGCUUCAACCAUCAGCAGGAGGACGCAGCACACACAGAGAACGAUCUUGGGCAUACUCAGGGCCCACUUGAUGGAAGUCUUUAUGCCCGGGUUCGAAAGAAAGACUCUUUGGAGGGAGUUGUUACAAUCAAUGGCCUUCCAGUCCGUGAAAACCCUUUGACAAAUACAGAAAGUACUCUGCAACAAUCUAACCAUCCACUUCAGAAGACUGAGCAGUCCCUUCCAGUGGCAGGCCACACUUCCCUCCCUGCUGUAGAUCAUACUCUUUCUGUGAGCAGUGACUCAGGCAACUCCACUGCAUCUAUCAAGACUGAUCGCACUGAUGACCACAGCCAUUCUCUGCACACCGCUGUGGGCCACAACAACCCUAUAUCAGCCCACCAAACACUUAGCCCACAGGAGAAACGAGAACUAGACCAGCUUCUAAGUGGUCUUGAGCCACCUCCUCAGCGCCAGGCCUACCUGUCUACCAGUCCGGGAGGAGGGGUUCGACAUCUGGUUCCAGCACAGGUACAUGUCAACAGUGGCCAUACCCGGGUUCUCGGGGCACCAUCAACAGAGGAGCGUGAAACUGAUAUCCUUGACGACGAACUUCCUAUUAGCCAGGAGGGCAACAGUGUGGACAGCUUGGGCACCAUCUCAUCGUUAGACGGUCAGGCAACACCAGCUAGCCUCUACUACCAAUCACAGACACCUGUGAGUGGCCAGAACGACGGUCUAUACCUUGAGAGAACCUUUCUAGGGGAAAAGCUGAACGAAAUGCCUGUGCAUGGAGUGCGGACUCCUACAGCAAUGCAGGAGAGGUCGGUAGACUUGUCAUCACCCCAGGGGGGAUACAACAACUACCAAAAUGGAGGUGCAAUAUACCAUUCCCAGUCCUUUGGGAAUCAAGCAUCCAGUAGCCCUGAGACCAAUGCUAAAAUUAUGCCCAAGGCCCCUGAGAGGAGUACCAGUAGUCGAGAGGCAGUUCAAAGAGGUCUUAACCACUGGCACCAGCAUAGUCUUCCAGAUGAUCCUUUUGGGCCACCUCCUCAGUCAACCCACAGCCUGCCUCAUUUCCCAACACCAGCCUCACAGCGAGAUAUUGAACAGUCCAUAGAGGCACUAAACAUGCUGAUGCUUGAUUUAGAUCCAAUCAACUCACAUAUGUCCAAGUCCCACAGUGCACCCCCAGGAGAUAACACCCUCAGUUCAUCCCAGAUACCGUUUUCCCAGACCCUGGCUAGACCAUCCUACCAAGGAGACUCUGCCAUCCAUGGCUACCAUAACUCUGGGUCAGGGAACAACACCUAUCACCAGCAGCCACAGCCAGCUGGGAGAGUUCCAACAGUGCCUAACCAAAGUCCUGUCAUGGAGUCUCCAACAUAUUCCCCCCAAAGGUCCAACACAAGUUACCAAUUUCAGAACACCACUCCAACACAUACUCCUGAGCCCUUUGUUCAAACACGUCAAGGGACCCAGCACUACGCCAUAGAUAGCUCUGCUAAUCUCAACCAGCCAUCUCCACAGAAACUAAUGAACUCAACAAAUAGAGUUUCACAAUCCCCAGACCUGCAUGGGCCAUCUCCUUACCCAGGGUAUAGCACCUCUUCUUCUCCCGUUCCUGCCCUCACACCCCAACCCAAGGAUAUGUCCACUUCUCCCUUUCCAAGAGAGCAAGAUGUGGAGGAGGAAACUCUUAACUUGGAAGGCCUGGUUGCACAUCGUAUCGCAGAGUACAACGCUCGUAUUCGGGGCAUCAGUGAAAGCAUGACAUCCCAACAAUCUGACCGCCAUCGUUCUUAUUCCUUCUCUGGAGUUCGCUCCAGAGGAAUGACCCCAGAGGUGACACAGGAGACAGGCAGGCGCCGGACCACAAGCGAGGGACACUAUCAGAGCGGCCACGAUAACGUCCCAUCGUCCCAAUCACCGGACUUCGCCAACAACCUGGCUCUGAACCCUGGCGGAAGGCCUAGAGAGGGUCCUAUGCACAGUUACCGGGAAGCUUUUCAGGAAGAUGAUGCUGGAAGGCAUGGCAACAGUCCCUCUUUUGAAGCCAGUGCUCGGUCUACUCCAGGUUUGACAAAGACACCUCUAUCUGCUCUUGGGCUAAAACCUCAUCAACAAGGUGGAUCAGACUCUGAUUGUAAUAAUGCAGAGCAAGAUAAUCGCAGCAUAGGGGACUCUAGGCCUCAACUGUUCAGCGGUCCUCUGACCUCCAGCAGUCCUGUCCACACUAUUGAUGGAAGGAGGACUGGUUCUUCAGAUGGUGGCCCCCACGGACCCCCUUCCCCAUACACCCACAGACCUGCCUCUCCUGAGGGAUCCCAGGUCAACAUCAUGGGUGUGCACACCGUCCCCGGCAGCCCAAACACCCUCCACCGCACAGUGGCCACCAACACGCCACCAAGCCCUGCCCUUCAAAGACGAUUAGGUCAAGCCAGCCCCUCCCUGGCCAGACACCAGUCCCCUUCCGGGGCCCCUUCUAGUCCUCUGAUAGGCCGAAACCCUAAAAGUGCAACAGACGGCGUUCCCCCAAGUCCGCUAAUGGGACGGCGCGCAGUGUCGAGCGGCCGCAGCACACCUGACGAGCUGAGGGCAGCGUCUCGCCAGGGGAGCGCCCAGCCGCCUCCCACCCCUGCCUUCCCUGUCUCCCCGCAGCUCCCUGAGAAGAGACACAUGUCCAGUGGAGACGUGGAGAGGACAGACAACAGGAACCUGAUACCAGCCAGUGGUGGCAGUACGCCAAACCUUUCUGGCACCCAUACUCUCCCAGAUGUCUCCAAGUCUAUCUAUGAUGGCAAUCCAGACAUAAGGAUGAAUGUUAAGUUUGUCCAGGACACCUCUAGGUUUUGGUACAAACCAGAUAUCUCCAGAGAACAAGCCAUCAGUCUGUUAAAAGACAGGGAGCCAGGGGCAUUCAUCAUCCGGGACAGUCACUCGUUCCGUGGAGCCUAUGGUCUGGCUAUGAAAGUGGCUUGCCCCCCACCAACAGUCCAGCAAAAUAAGAAAGCUGGCGACUUGACCAAUGAGCUGGUGAGGCACUUCUUGAUUGAGACGAGCCCCAAAGGUGUACGUCUGAAAGGUUGCCCCAACGAACCCUAUUUUGGAUGCCUCUCUGCUCUGGUAUACCAACAUGCAAUGACUCCUCUGGCUUUGCCUUGCAAACUGAUGAUCCCUACCAAAGACCCAAAUGAAGAGGCACUAGAACUCGCUACACCUACUGAUCCGGUGGUUGAGCUUCUCAAACAAAGCGCUGUUCAGAAGGUUCCAGAGGAAGCUUAUGGUAAAUACUGUUUUGUGCUUAUGAAAAUGCUUAUAUGGAGUUGUUCUUGA